AUGGGGGCAGUCGGUCUGUCCGUCAUGUUCGAGCAACUCAAUUUCGCCAACUUCUACAGUGCUGAUACAACAGAGCGUGGCAGAUUCUGUCAAGAUCUUGUUUCUAGUCUCCGGAGUAAAGGGUUUGUGCGACUUAUCAAUCAUGGCAUUCCAUCAAAGGAUAUAGACAAAGCAUUUGACACGGAAUCCUACGACAUAGGCUAUGAAAACGACACCCUCUACACCAACAUCUGGCCACCAGCAGAUGUCCACGACGCCUUCCAACCAACAUUUACAUCCUUUUUCGCGUCCGCCUACAACGCCGAAGUCGCAAUUCUCCAGGCUCUUUCCAUCGGUCUGGAAUUACCGCCACAGACGUUGCCCCAAUUGCACACAGAAAGAGCAAAUGAACUGCGACUUACGCAUUACCCUGCCGUAUCUCGCAAGGAAUUCUCGCAUUCAACGCGAAUAGCGUCGCAUACGGAUUUUGGCACGAUUACGCUUUUGUUUCAGGAUUGUGUUGGGGGAUUACAAAUGGAGUUUCCGCGCGGAAGUGGGAAGUUUGUUGAUGUAGAAAGCGGAGGUCCGCAUGAAUGUAUCCUGAAUGUUGGCGAUUGUCUAGAGAAAUGGACAGGACUACCUAGUGCACGACAUCGGGUCCAUUUGCCAGAACGAUUGCAAUGUGACGAUGAUCAAAAGGGUGAUUUUAUGGUCGAUGAACGAUUCUCAAUCGCGUAUUUUGCGAAGCCGGAUCGCGCGGCGAGUCUGCGUCCCUUGCUGGAGGGCUUGGGACACUCGGAAGAGGAGGUUUAUAUGACUGCGGGAGAGUUUCAGCGUAUGCGGAUAUCGCAAACAUAUUAA